AUGGUGGCGCUUGGAGGAAUGUUUUUUCUGGCGAUCUUCGGAGAUCUGCGGGCCCUCACGUCUUCAAGCGAAACUGUCGCCUCCGUCUCGGGCGCCGUCACAGCUGCCAGUGUGGCACUCGACAACUCCAUGCGCCGAGCAGAAAGUUACAAUGUGUGGACGACAGCACCGAUGGCUGACAUUCCACCAGCUGCUGCUCAGCCAGCAGAAAUCCAGCAAUUGCAGCAGCCAGCCGAAGCUCAGCAGUCCAUGGAGGAUGGCAGGUCUGCCGCACUCCCGCCGAACCUGGUGAGAGAGGCAGAAACACCCGCGCCAUCCUCCAAAUUCGGUUUCUACCUCCAUGUCUUUGCCGAUCCAGCUGCUGUAAUUCACCAAGUGCGGCAGGUCAAACAGCACUUUCCGGACUCUCCGAUUUACGUCAUGAGUGACGGAGGGUUGGACUUCAGCAACAUGUGCAAGCGAGAGAAGUGCAUUUUCACGCUUUGCCCGCCAGCCAAUGACCGUUGGCAUCCGUGGCCAUUUUUCAGACGUCUUUAUGAUGCUGCCUUGAGCCUCAACACUGAAUUCAUCAUCAUGCUGGAGCCGGACAACACACUGCAUGGCCCAGUCAAGCGGAUUCCACAAGACGAUGCAGGUGGUGUGCAUGUCCCGAAGCGUUCCUUCAGGCUCGCAGAGCACGUGGAGAAACUGGCACAGGAUCGAGCUCCGGGCUUUCAGUGGAGCGCCGAGAGCAUGCAAGCUGGGCUUUGUGGCGGAGCCUAUUUCCGUACCGAAGCCGUUCUAGACGCUUUCUCUGACGAAAACAUGAUGCGGAUUGAUUGGAACCUGCUUGGAGAGAGUGUCGACAAAGAGAUAUUCUCGUCGGAUUUUGCCAUGCAGUAUGCACUAGCGGCUCGAGGAUGGCGAGUUGGCAUCUGGGAGGAGGUUGCGCAAAUGGACAAAGACAAGGAGGUGCCGCUGGCUGGAUCUCGAGAUGCUGCCUUUCGACACUACUGCUCGUGUUACCCUGGUGGCAAGCCCACCUACAAUCUGAAGCUUCAGCCAGAAGACGAAGAUUUGUUUGCUCCAGCACCCGCGGAGUACACGGUGCCGAAUUCCAACUGCCAGCUUUGCUACAACUUAGACAGAUAUGUGGAGAAUUGGGGAAGUCCGAAGUGUACCAACCGACUGCCAUUCUCAUAUUCGCAGAAGCUGAUGGACACGUACCAUCCAGAGCUGAAGAGCAAGCCUUGCGAAUUGCCGUUCCUCUGCAAGCCUCAGCAGGCUCUACCAAACUCCGUGCACGAUUCGAAGUACGGCUUCUACUUGCACGUCUAUGCUGAUCCUGCUGCGGUCAUCUUCCAGGUUCGUCAGCUUCGGAAGCACUUCCCCGCUUCACCGAUUUAUGCCAGCUCCUUGAACGCCCUGCCGGGACAGCUUGGUUCGAACUUCAUCUGCUGUUGGUUGAGAGAGUAA